AUGGAGGUACAGCUCGAGGGGGAGGAAGAUGACUGGAAUUAUGACUCAUCUGACGAGGACUACAGCUAUGAUGAAGAUUCAGAUGGGCAGAUAAUGAAGAGGAAGAGCAAGUACCCAAGAUACAACAAUGACACUGAAAUACCACAUUUCAGUUUGUCGAUGGUGUUCAGAAGCAAGAACCAACUUUGCAAAGCUUUGAGAAGAUAUGGAAUAGUCACAAAAAGGAGUAUUGAGUUUUUAAAAUCAGAGUCAGAUAGAGUGAGGGCCAAGUGUGGAUGGCCUGGUUGUCCUUGGCUAUUAUAUGCAGCAAAAAAUUCAAGAACUUCAAGAAUGCAAGUGGUUACCUUCAAUGAUGAACACCAUUGUGCUCAGAAUAGGCAAAACAAACUUGUGACUGCUAAAGUGAUUGCACAAAGAUAUGAACACUUCAUACUAGCUAACCCAAUGUGGAAGAUUGACAGCAUGAAAGCAAUAGUUCUCCAAGAUAUGUUUGCCGAUGUGUCAACUUCUAAGUGUAAGCAUGCAAAAAAGCUUGUCAUGGACAGAUUGAUGUGUGGUAUGAAGAACGAAUACACUUGA